AGUAGUGGUGGAAGAGGUGGUGGUGGUAGUGGUGGUGGUGGUGGUGGUGGAGGACAAGGAGGUGGUGGCGGCGGCGGUGGUAGCGGAGGAAGAGGUGGCGGAGGUAGUGGAGGAUGGGGACAAGGUGGUGGCGGUGGUAGCGGAGGAAGAGGUGGUGGAGGUAGUGGAGGAAGAUAUGGUCAAGGAGGCGGUGGUGGUGGUAGUGGUGGUGGUGGUGGUGGUGGAGGACAAGGAGGCAACUGGCAAGGAGGUGGUGGAAGUUGUGCACGCGCUGACCAAUCAGAUUGCAGCUAUUACUUCGAAUGUCAAGGCGACAGUGGUGAACAAAGGCUUCAGUGUCCAGAAGGGUUGUACUUCAACGAUAACCAAAAGUAUUGCGAUUACCCUGGCAAUGUACAAUGCAACGGCGCACGGCCCAACGAACUGUGUGGUGACUAUGCAGAAGACUUUAAGAAGCGUCACAAUGAAAUGUGUCACAUGUACUACGAAUGCAACCUUGGUUACCUAAAUGACGUUCAGGAAUGUGCUCCUGGUACUGUAUUUAAUCCUAGGAUCCAAGUAUGCGACUACCUGAAUAACACUGACUGUGGCAACUUGCAGGUGCCUAAGAGCGCCAUAGAGUUUGGACGUGGUGGAGGCGGAAAUGGUGGAGGCGGAAAUGGUGGAGGCGGAAAUGGUGGAGGUAAUGGUGGCUGGAACGGAGGUAAUGGUGGCUGGAACGGAGGUAAUGGUGGCGGGCAAGGUGGAGGUAGAUAUGGUCAAGGUGGAGGAAACGGUGGAGGAAACAGAGGAGGAGGACAAGGAGGAUGGAAUGGAGGUAACCGUGGAGGAGGAGGAAAAGGAGGAUGGAAUGGUGGAAAUGGAGUUUUGUAUAACUUUCCACAAGAAAUAUCCAACAAUCAAAGUGGAAACUAUGGCGGAAACCAAGGUGGACGAGGCGGUGGCGGUAGUGGAGGACGUGGCGGCGGUGGCGGCGGCAGCGGUGGAGGCCGUGGUGGCGGCAGUGGAGGACGUGGUGGCGGUGGUGGUGGUAGUGGAGGAAGAGGUGGUGGAGGAAGUGGAGGCGGAUUUUCGUACGGGAACAUUGACAAUAAUAUUGUCUUGGAUAAUUCUCUAAGACUAUUAGCUAUGUCGUUACCUAUUUUCAUUUAG